AUGCCUGCAGUUUCGAAGCUUGUGCCAGAGGAGACUGUAUUCUUCCUCUGCGACGUGCAGACACGUUUCAAAAAACUCAUAUUCGGCAUUGACGAGCUGGUGUUGACAAUCAACAAGAUGCUCAAGAUAGCAAAGGCAUUGGAGAUCCCGGUGGUUGUCACGGAACAGAAUCCCAAAGGCCUCGGAAACACCAUCCCCGACAUCGAUUUACCUUCCCUAGGGCCUCUUCUCGUUGCCACCAUCGCGAAAUCGUUCUUCUCCAUGAUGACGCCAGAAGUGAAGGCCAUACUCCACGAACGCCCACAAAUCAAAUCUGUGGUGCUUUUUGGCAUCGAGUCACAAGUUUGCGUGUUACAAUCUGCUCUGGAUUUAAUUGAGGCGGGAUAUAAUGUCCACGUGAUAGCAGAUGGUGUUUCUAGCUCUAACAAAGAGGAGAUUCCCUUUGCACUGGCGCGGAUUCGACAGAGUGGUGGAUACAUCACUACUAGUGAGAGUGUGGCCUUUCAACUGCAACGGGGUGCUGGUCUUCCCGGAUUCAAACUGUUCUCGAACAUCAUGAAGGAAGAGAAGGAUAGCACGGUAAGAACCUCGCAGAAGAUGCUGCAACACCGCUCCUUCUUGUAA